GAGCCACGUGGCAGUACUGCUUCUACAAAAAAAAAAAAAAAAGUAUAUAUCAAAUGGGGUUAGCUUGAAAAUUAGUGGACACAAAUUGGCAAUCAACAUUGAACUCCGUUCUUCUUCUCCGAGAAAUAUUGAAGUUGAAAUGUUUGGAAAAGAGUAACUUUAUUCAAAGAAAAGAGGGCUAUUCUGAACAGUAGACAUGGUACAAAGUAUGUCAAUGAGUACUCUUGCGACUUCUAGAUAUUGUGGAGUUUGUGGGCCCACCUGUUUGUGGAGGCAGUUUGGACAGAUAAAAGAAACCACAAUAGGUUUUGGGGAGAGUCAAUCUAUCUGGAAUAACAGUCGGAAAAGCUUGUCUUUUGCAACCCAUAUUGAUAUGCUAAAGCCAAGAAAUUUGAGAGUUCAAGCUGGAUGGCUGUUUAAAGGAGGUGGUGAGCAAGGCUCAGAAGCAAGCUGUGAGCGUAGCGAGAAUGCCAAUGAAGAUAUAUUGAUGUUCUUUUUCCAGCUGGACCUGGCUACACGUGUGCAGUAUGCUUUGAACGUGGAGGAGUAUGAAAUUGCACAACAACUAAGAGAGAAGCUCACUGAGGUGGAAACAGAGGUUUUGAGGCAGCAGGAAUCCAGAAGGGGAUCAGCCUCAAAGAGUGAAGCUCAAGAUAUGGCUAUAAGCAUCUUACGUCUACGUGCAGACCUGCAGAAUGCAGUUCAGAGUGAAAACUAUGAUGUGGCAGCAAAAUUACGAGAUGAAAUUUCCAAACUAGAGGCAGAGUCUCUGACUGCAUCAAUAAGAGCUCAGGCAUAUGAAAAUGCUCAAUUUGCAUUUCGAUUAGGCCAGAAAGUGAGGCACAAGAAUUUUGGAUAUCGUGGUGUAAUAUGUGGGAUGGACCCAAUAUGCUGUGAAUCAAGUUCUUGGAUGGAAAAUGCUCAAGUUGAAAAGUUGACUCGUGGUCCUGAUCAGCCAUUUUAUCAGGUGCUGGUGGAUGUACAUACAGAUCCCAAUCUGUUAGUGGCAUAUGUACCUGAGGAAAGUUUAGUGGCGCCUAGCGAACCAGAUAAGGAUAGAUUUGAUCAUCCAUACGCCUCAUUCUUGUUUUUUGGGAUGGAUGCCGCUGGAGAUUUCAUACCAAUCAAGCAGCUGCGCGAGAAGUACAACAGGCCUCGGCAUGAGGUGCCUUAUGAUCCGGAGGACGAGAAGAAAGGAGAAAGUUCCUAGAUGUGACCAGGAGUUGCUCUCCUCGAAGGCGCUAGAUUUGGAUAUAUGAGAAAUUUUCCUGAUUUAAGAGAAACGCCUUGUCCACUUUCCAAUAUGGUGGGGUUUACCUCAUUUUGAGAGACUGCAAAACAUGUUUCCUGCACAAUGUCCUUAGAAUACACACAAUUGUGGAGGUUCUUGUAUAGUUCUGAAUAGUACAUUGAGCUUCGGUUAUUAUCAGCCAGUUUCAACAGAAAAUGGUCAAUUUUUUAUCUAAGAACAAAAAAUGUACUGUAUACUGAUGUAUUACUUCAAGUUUCCUUU